AUGCUUUGCCGCCAAGAUAUAUAUUUGACUCCAAGAUUAUUAAUUACUACAGAUGUUGCAUUAAUAGCAAGUUGGAUUGAUAAGAAAAAGGAACACCUUAUCAUUUUAAAGAUUUACCUUUUAAAUUUAAUCUUAUCUGUUAUUUGUCGUGCUAGUCGCGAUGGUUUUGGGAUUGAUAAAUUCCAUAAACAUUGCGAUAAUAAGGGACCAACUGUUCUUAUAAUUACACCCAAAAGAUUGUUUUUAUUUUCAUUAACAAAUCGAUUUAAUCCUAUAUUAAAUCGAGUCAAUUUUGAAAAGGAAGCAAUCAUUUGGAGUAAAAAUGAGGGACCAUAUUUUUGGUUACAAGAUUUGUAUAUCAAAUCAUCAGGAUCUUUUAUUAAUAAUAUUGUUGGUAAAAGCAAGCAACAUUCAUAUGAAAAGAAAAUCAUUAAUAGAGAAACUUUUGAAAUAGAGGAAUAUGAAGUAUUUCAAGUUAUUGAUAAUAGAUUAUCUACCUUUAUAUUUAGUUAG